UCAAAAGGAGUCACCACGUUGAAAGGCUGCCUGCCUAGCCUAGAGAAACAAACAAUCUUUUACCAGUGACGCCUCUAUCACAUCAUCAGACAACCUCAUCCUCUGCUCCGGUUGCACGCUCGAUCAACUGCCUCCGGCGCCGGCCCCGCAUCGGUCGUGCUCGUGCUCCCAGCUGGCCAUACCCCUGGACCCCUGCAAGCUGCCUGAUGGAUGGAUUGCCUCUCCUUCUCUCCCAGUCCGCACUUGGCCACAAACUCCCCACCCCACCCCGCGUUGUCUUUUCCACGUCCGGCGAGGUGAUGACGCAGCUCCGCCAUGGCCCAGGUUAUCACGCCCUCCGCAGGAGGUGGCGCGGGGCGGCGGUGCCUCCGCGUCCGCGCCAACUCCCCCGGCCCGGCCAACCAUGCGCUUCGCCGCCUCGUCAGCACCGCAUCCUGCCGCCGCCGCGCGCUCGCUUCCCGCUUCCGGCCGCUCUCUAGUUGCAGGGACUUGAUAUGGCGCCGGUGCUAGUGCUCGGUGCCAUUGUACUCAUGCUGAACCUUGCAUCUAUAUCAUCAGCGCAGCCUCACCACGGAUGCAAAACGCGGUGUGGUGAUGUAGAGAUCCCCUAUCCAUUUGGCAUUGGUGCUGGCUGUGCUAUCGAACAAAGCUUCGAGAUCAGCUGCAGCAGGACCGCCGCCGAUGGGAUCGAGAGGCCAUUCAUAAAUUACUGGGAGGUUCUAAGCAUCUCAGCAUCAAGUGGCCAAUCCCGAGUUUUGAUGUUCAUCCCGACAUAUUGCUACAAUUCUAGUACAGGAGAAAUGGAUUCCUACAUUUGGGAUUUUUACUUAGUUUGGCCGUAUCGGAUCUCUGACUCGCAGAACAAAUUCAUAAGCAUUGGUUGCAACACAAUUGGGUACAUCUACAACACCGAAAAAUCCACAAGGUAUGCGACAGGGUGUGUGUCGGUGUGUGGGAGCCCGGGAGACCUGAAAAAUGGCUCGUGUGUUGGUGUAGGCUGUUGCCAGAACACCGUCCCCAAGGGCUUAACGAGCUACCAUGUCUACUUCUAUGAUGUAGACUAUGUGGAUGUUUCAAAUAGUUGGCACUUCAACCCAUGCAGCUAUGCCAUGGUGGUGGAGGCAGAGACAUUCACUUUCAACUCCGAGUACAUAACCACGAAGAGGUUCAAUGAUACCUACGAGGGGCGGCAGCCGGUUGUCCUUGACUGGGUGAUUGGAAAUGCAACAUGUGAGGUGGCACGCAGAAACAUGCCUUCUUAUGCAUGCCGGAGCGAAAACACCGUGUGCGUGGAUUCAUCCAACGGCCCAGGGUAUCUGUGCAACUGCUCCGUUGGAUACCAAGGGAAUCCUUACCUCUCUGGUGGAUGCACAGAUGUCAAUGAAUGUGAGCACACUCCAAGCCCCUGUCCUGAGUCUGCAACUUGCCAAAACACAGUUGGAGGGUACCAUUGUUCAUGUCCUUUUGGCAGCAGUUUUGCCAAGGAAACAAACUCUUGCACCAACCGGUUUAUAGGAGUUGUUAUUGGACUAAGCUCCGGCAUUGGGGCUCUAUUUCUUGCGUCAGUUUCAACUUUGUUGGUUCGGAUGUGGAAGAGAAGCAUGAAAAAUAGAGUUCGAAAGGCAUACUUAAGAAAAAACAAAGGCCUUGUCUUGGAACAGUUGAUCUCAUCUGAUGAAAGUGCCACACAUAGCACUAAAAUAUUUUCCUUGGAUGAGUUAGAAAAGGCAACGGAUAAUUUUGACUCCACACGCAUUCUAGGCCUCGGAGGGCAUGGCACUGUUUACAAGGGGAUUUUAUCCGAUCAACGUGUUGUGGCCAUAAAAAAGUCCAAAAUGGCCGAUCAAAGAGAGAUCGAUCAAUUCAUAAACGAGCUUGCAAUUUUAUCACAAAUCAGUCAUCGAAACGUGGUGAAACUUUUUGGUUGUUGCCUUGAGUCAGAGGUGCCUUUGCUCGUGUACGAGUUCGUCCCCAACGGGACAUUAUCUGAACUUCUUCAUGGUGACCACCUGAGUGGUAGAAGCUUGUUAACCUGGGGCGAUCGUAUCAGAAUUGCUAGCGAGGCGGCAAGUGCUCUUGCUUACCUCCAUUCCGCUGCCGCAAUACCAAUCUUUCAUAGAGAUGUGAAAUCUACCAACAUACUCUUAACAGAUAACUUCACUGCAAAGGUGGCAGACUUUGGUGCCUCGAGGUCCAUCUCCAUCGAUGAAACUCGUGUGGUCACAGCAGUGCAGGGCACAUUUGGGUACUUGGAUCCUGAGUAUUACCACACCGGCGAGCUAACCGAGAAGAGCGAUGUUUACAGUUUCGGUGUGAUAAUCGUCGAGCUUCUGACUAGGAAGAAGCCGGUUUUCCUCAAUUUCCGGUGUGAAAAGCAAAACUUAUCUCAUUACUUCCUUCAGAUGCUACAAGAUAACACUUUGACAGAGAUCGUUGAUGUUCAAGUUCUCGAGGAAGGCAACGACAGACAGAUCACUGAGAUGGCUGCCCUUGCGAGGGUAUGCUUGAGGCACAUAGGAGAAGAGCGGCCUACCAUGAAAGAAGUGGAGCUUAGGCUGCAGCUCCUGGGGGGCAAGAUGAUGAUGGAGAAAAAACACGGGUUAGAGAGCGAUGGUGAAGCCAUGCCAUUGUUACCUUCAAACUGUUCCACUUAUUUCAGUGCUAGUCCCGGUCCACGGCAUGGUGAGUUCUUCUCUGCUGCCAAUCAUUCAGCUCAGGAUGUCACCAGAUGCUACACUAUGGAGCAGGAGCUUGUUUCCUGGACCGACAUACCUCGCUGAAUUUUAAUGGACUCCCUUAGUUUGCUAUGGUAACAAUUUUGAUCUUUUAUGUAUCACGAACUGGAUUGGUGUGCUUCGAUUUCCGACUUUGUUUCAAUCUCCGAGUUGCAAUUCAUAUUUGAUUGGGAUAUAUGUCAGGCUAGUGUGGGGUGUCAGAGACAAUCAGUGUCAGACGUCGUAAUCUGAAAGGUCUUCUCUUCUGUGAAACAACUUACCCCCAAAAAAUGUAUGGUUUUGUGAAUUUCUAGCCAUAAUAGUUACGAUUUUGUGAUAUUUGCUCCGAAUAAUUCCUGUCCAUCUCCUCCUGCAUUUG